AUGCAAGUUCACGUUCGUGUUGUCGAAGCUAAGGAACUGCCAAAGAUGGACACAUUCGGAAAAACUGAUGCUUUUGCUAUCCUUCAGUACAACGCCAACCGCAACAUCCAGAAAACAAAAACAAUCGAAAAUGAUUAUACACCAGUUUGGAACGAGGAAUUCCACUUCACAGCCGAAGAUUUGUCCAUUGAUACUCUUAUAGUCUUCUUAAAGGAUGACGAUUCAGGCAGCAAUGAUGAUCCAAUUUCUAUGCUUAAGAUCCCAAUGAACCAAUUCCAAGUUGGCCAGGUCGUUGACAGAUGGCACUCUUUGAUCCCUGUUAAGGGUGUUAAGAAGGGUGGCCAGAUCCGCCUUGUUAUUCACAUCGCUCCAGCUGGCGCAGCUCCAUUUGUUGCUGCAUAA